AUGGACAAGCAACAUUUAAUGACUGCAAAAGAACAAGAAAAUAGCGGAAAGAAAGAUGUAACAAUAGAGAAACGUAGAAAAGGCCUGACAAGUUUCAGAGCUGUAACAUUUUUACUGUUGUGGUAUUUUUUUAGCGGUUGUACUUUGUUUUUGAACAAGUACAUUUUAAGUUACGAAAAUGGCAAUCCUGCUAUAUUAGCUGCAUGCCAAAUGCUAAUGACUGCUACAUGCGGAUUUAUUCAAUUAUAUUUCCCCUGCGGAAUGUACAAACCCACCCAACGUUUACACAAACCCCCGGGGUUUUUUAGGCACAUGAUUUUAGUCGGUUGCUUUAGAUUCUUCACCGUCGUUCUCGGCUUAAUAGCAUUAAAUUACGUUGCUGUGAGCUUCACCGAAACUAUAAAAAGCUCAGCACCCCUGUUUACAGUAUUAAUUUCUAGAUUUUUAUUAGGCGAACAAACCGGUAUGUACGUUAAUUUAAGUCUGCUACCAGUAAUGUCCGGAUUGGCUUUGUGUUCGAUAAACGAAGUCAGUUUCGAAUUGACUGGAUUCAUAGCAGCAAUGGCCACCAAUGUAACGGAAUGCAUACAAAAUGUUUAUUCAAAAAUGCUAAUAUCCGGAGAUAAAUUCAAAUACACUCCUGCAGAGCUGCAAUUUUAUACCAGCAUAGCCAGUAUAAUAGUACAAAUACCAGCAACGUUACUGAUGGUGGAUUUCGAGGCAGAAGAAAAAUUGUCUUACAAAAUAAUACUAUCGUUCAUUUUGAAUGGAAUAUUCUUCCAUUUUCAAAGCAUUACAGCGUACGUUUUAAUGGACUACAUUAGUCCCGUAACACACAGUGUGGCAAAUACAGCGAAACGUGCUUUUCUGAUAUGGUUGUCAGUUGUUAUGUUUGGGAAUCCAGUGACUCUACUUAGUGGUUUAGGUACAAUAACUGUGAUAGUUGGCGUAUUGUUGUACAUAAAAGCGCAGGAAUACGAUAAUAACGACAAAUUGGCGUCGGUGGUUUUGGUUAACAAAAAAGUUCGAGCCAUUUAG